AUGGAGGCUACCAGAGUACAUUGCUUAAGGUCGCUAUCAAAACAAUGUCCCCAAUUUGGCCGUUCUACUCAAGAAUCUCGCCGGCUUCUGUCCUUUCUCCACGGCCAUGAGUCUAGCAAACCGUUGGCCCGGUCGACACAGUCCUCGACUCCAAAUCGUCAUCCAAAUAAUCCCGACAACAGAUUGAGUGCCUCUAGCAAGGACACCGACAAACACUUGAGCUCUAUCCUAGACCACCCGCUUUUCCGAAUAGUCCCUGCUAAGCCAUUACCUCAGAGAGAUCAUAAUGGUAAUCAGGCUCAAAAUGUACCCAAUGCUGGAAAGAAAUUAGCGAAGGAUCCUCUACAACUCCUGGACGAAUUAAUAGCAUCCGGACGAGCUGACCAUAACACCCUUUACCGUUGUCUACGAGAGUAUGGGGCCCCUUCGAUCCCUUCAAAACUACCUAAUGUCAUUGAAGCUUCUAGCGUGGGAUCGAGAAUCGUUGCAUGGUACUCCGCCGCGGAUUUUGAAUCAAGAAUGCUUUUUUUCGGUAGCCGCCCUACUAUGGGCAUAGUCAUGCCAUAUAUGGUCGUUGAUCGACUUCAAAACACGAUUAUCAAAUGGGUGAAGAUGGUGUAUACGGCGCCUUCGAGUGACGGCCUUGCGAAUUCCCUCCUACCCACACAACGCCUCUGCCUAAUAAACCUUUUACGUGAGUUUGUCACCGCCGAGAUAAAGUAUGGUCAUGGCAUUCAGUCCGCUUUGAAGUACUAUAUCCGUGUCUGCGAAAUAUUACCUCCAGGUGAUAAAUUCAGUGGUUCGAAACAUGAUCCUUUCCGUGCGUCAUUACGAACCGUAGGAUCCGAUUUGGCUAUGUGGAUUUCGAGCCACAACAAAACCCCCGAAGUCCAGGAGGUUCCUGUUGCCCUGUUCGAUGAAUUCCGUAUGCUCUCUGACCAGUUUUCCAAUAGCAAGUACUUCUGGGGAGCUUGUUUACCAUUGUAUCACCCCACCAAGCCAGAUGUUAAGCCAGCCUUAUCUUAUAUGAAAUACGGACCCGCGAGUCGCGGGACGCGAAUCCACCCAACCAUGCAGAAACACUUGUUACGAUUAUCGUUGGACGCGGCGCAGCUGUGCCUUGAACAAAAAUUGUACUCGGAGGCAUCUUGGUUGCUGACCCAUGCCAAACAAUUUAUUCGGGGCGAAGAGCUUAUCUCCUCCGAACAGCCCUCAGAGAGGUCCAACCAACUAACGACUCUUGGAUAUGAUCCAUUAUUGGCUGGAAUGUGUGUACAAUAG